AUGGCUAAUUACCCUCCUCCGCACGAAGCGCCCGAAUGGGCAGUGCCGCUCCCGCUCAAUAUUCCGCCGCCGCAACAUCCACAGCAUCUACAGCAUCCGCAACAACCUCCGCAAGUGCCGCACCCGCAACCGCCCAUGCCACGAGACUUUAUUCCGCCCAUGGGAGGCGUGCCGUAUUUUGUGCGCACCAUGGCGCCGCCCGAAGAGAAGUAUUUUUUUUCGCCCGCGGCCAGCGUCACGCCCGAAACGCCCAAGCAGGAAAAGCGCGCGCCGCGCAAGACACCCAAACACACCAAGCUGGGCGCGCCGGCGCGCCCGGUGCGAACGCGCUCAGCAACGGCGUGCGAACACUGCCGCCUGAAGAAAAUCAAGUGCGACAAUGCCCGCCCGCGGUGUGGCUCGUGCCGCCUGAACGAGGUGGAGUGUGUUUACGGCGUCGACACGAGCGACACCCGCGAGUCGACCGACGCCAUUUUGGCCAAGCUCGACAUGGUGCUUGCCGAAGUGCGGCGCGGGCCGCAAACGGGCCUGCGGGCGGGCGCGGCCGCCUCGCCGCGCUGUGUGUGGGACAUGUCGCUCACGUCGAUGUUGCGCUGGCGCUCGUUCCGCCGAACGUUGGGCACCAGCCAGGACGAGGCGGACGCAACCACGCGCCGGCUCCUUUGUGCAUACGAACAGGUGAACACGCUGUUCCCGUUCCCGAGCUCGUUUUUCCAGCGGGCCAGCGUGUGCGUGGCGCUCGAAAAACUCGUGUCGUCGAGUUUCACGGCACUUACAAACUCCUUUCUCAUCAACUGCCACACCAAGGUUCCCUGUGUCGAUACUGUCUUCUUGUUUGAGAGUAUCUCCGUCUUCACAAUGAUGCUCAAGGCGAACCUGGACUUGCGCAUCACCUACAUGCUCGAAGAGUUUAGCACGCUAAGGCCAGACGAGCCCGUGGCACAGUCGUAUGUUCAUGCGCUCUCACGCCUGGGCAUUGCCGACAGCCCUUUGCGCCGCCGCGCGUAUCGCCAGUGCUGCGAGUCCGUGCCGCUUCUUCUUGUCAUUUGCGCCUUGGGGGCGCUCCUGACGCGUGUGAGCUUUGAAAAUUGCAACGUUUUUGAUUCUUCGCUCAGUGAGCGUCUGUCGAUGCGUACAUGCUGCGUGCCGAGCGAUGAACUUCCCUCGGCUAUCCCACAGGACCGUCUGCGCUUGAGUGAAAUGUUGGUGUGCUAUGCGCUAAUGAUCCAGACCAUUUUCCCCAACUGUAUGAAAGAAAAUACCCUAGUCUCCGUGCAAUACCGCAUCUUGCUUUCGCAGUAUUAUCUUUAUACUAUGAACCCAUUGCUGGCGCAUCGUGAGAUUAUUCUGGCCAGCACGCAAAUGAUGUACUAUUUGCAGAAGGCCCGUUUGGAUCCGCAACACAAGGACUCCCUGUCAGCAGAUCGGCUCUUUUGGACCUGCUUGAAACUUGAGUGCGAGCUCCGAUCUGAACUCAGCCCUUAUGUACCGCUCUCUGGGAUCACCCAAAUCGAGGCUCCAGCACCCUUCUUGAAGUUGCCCGAGCUGCCCAAACUGGGCGAACAUCUCUCUGAGUGCGUACGCAUAGCCAGUCGAUACGAUGACAAAAAUUCCUGGCUCUUUUUUUUGACGGAGGUUGCUGUCCGGAAGCUGGAUAACUUGCUCUUUGAUGACUUGUAUUCUCUGGACGAGCGUGGUCUCUGGGAUCUGGCGUAUUUUGCAAACACAAGGGUGUGGCAAUUGGUCAUCAAGUACUUGAACCAGUACAAUAGCAUCAUAGCUUCACUCACACCCGAGAUUCGUAAUUUCGUCAUGUCGGAGGAAAAUGUUGACCUGGAAUUGAAGCGCAUGGUACACUCUGGGAAAAAACGCAAGCGAGUUGAUGAGCCCAAUUAUUUGGAUAGCAUGGAUGCUUUUCUCCUAGAUGACGGCACAUUACUUGAGGCGCAAUCCGAACUGGUCAUGUUCAUAAAGACUCGUAUACUCACCUCCAAGUUAGCUUUGUUCCGUCCACUCGUUUACUUAGUGUUGGAAGACAAGAUUCUGAUCCACGAAAUUGUUCGGGCGGCUGCAGCCGUGAUGGGCCAAAUACAGAAGGAGCUGAACAGCACGUCACUUGCUCUGCCUGAUUCUGUUGCCAAUAGCCAUUCGAGCCAGGGAAGUACUUUUGUUGCCGCAAAUUCUGGUAGCCAACCUGUAUCAUUGGCUAACUUUGUGGGCGAAGACAUGCCUCAUUAUGACCCGAAUGCAUACCAACAGAAAUUCCCGGACGAGGAUUUUUCUUCACUUGUGGAGUAUCCAGACGGGUUUGAAGUCGACGACGAUAUACCACAGAUAACAAACCUUCCUUUAGCUCGCCAACAGUUCCUUCGAGUUUUUGUACGCAAUUUUGUGACGUUGCCGAAAUUGAACGUGCCUUCCAUCUGGCUGCAUCGUCAUGCUGGUUCAUGGUAUUACAUACGCAAUUUUUUCUUCGGCGCUAUAGUUCAGUUUUUGCUCUACAAGAAAAUCCAGCUUGGUGUUGCCAACAUGAUGGUUGGUGAUCCACGUGCUCUGCUGGCAGAGAACAUGGGCUCACUAAGCUCUAUUUUCACUCGCGAACGUACCAAGGAUACAUUGGAACUUGCGUUACACAUGAUGAAAUAUUGGAAAGACGAACUGAAGGAUUGUGAGGUUUACAUUGAAUAUCUACAGCGAUGCUUUGCGGAGCUUUAG